AUGGAACCGUUGGAUUACACGUUAUUUGGUUUAGCUCUUUUAAUUUUUAUAAGUUGGUCUGUGAAUUGGUUUUUACAUAUAUUAGCUAUUGUUUAUGGAAAAUGGAAGUUACACCACAAAUUAAAAAGUCCCACUCCAGAAGAACUUCCUGGUGUCUCUAUUAUAAAACCAUUAGUUGGAAUAGAUCCACAUUUAUUUGAAAAUUUAGAAACCUUUUUUAACAUGAAGUAUCCACAGUAUGAGUUAUUAUUUUGUAUACAAGAUGAGAGUGAUGCAGCUAUAAUGAUAGUUCAAAGCUUAAUUAAAAAAUAUCCAAAAAUCAAAAGUCAGAUUUUUAUAGGAGGUAGAAUAGUAGGUGUUAAUCCAAAGAUUAAUAAUAUGAUAGUAGGUUAUGAUGCUGCUCAAUAUGAUUUAAUACUUAUAUCAGACAGUGGAAUUAAAAUGGCUGAAGAUACACUAGAAGAUAUGGUAGUUAAUUUAAAAGAAAAUGUAGGAAUGGUACAUCAAAUGCCAUAUAUAAGCGAAAGAAAAGGUUUUGCUUCACAUUUUGAAAAGGUAUUUUUUGGUACCCAACAUGCCAAGAUGUAUUUAUGUGCUAAUUUUCUGGGUAUAAAUUGUACAACUGGUAUGUCAUGUUUGAUGAGAAAACAUGUUGUAGAUGAAGCUGGAGGACUAGUAGCUUUUGGAGAAUAUUUAGCUGAAGAUUAUUUAUUAGCUCAAGCUUUUCUUGAUAGGGGCUGGAAGGUGAAAAUUAGUUCUGAAACAGCCAAACAAAAUUCCGGUCAUUAUUCUAUACCUCAUUUUCAUGCCCGUCUGAUAAGGUGGACAAAACUACGGAUUGCUACAAUUCCUACUAUUAUUGUAUUUGAACCAAUAUUUCAAUGUAUGUUGUUAGGAGCUUUAUCAAGUUGGGCUGUAUCUUAUUUAUUUGAUUGGACAUCAUCAGUAUUUUUUCUUGUUCAUGUAUUAGUAUGGUUUUUGUUAGACUAUAUACUAGCGAAAAUUAUUCAGGGUGGACCAUUGCAAUAUUCAAAGUUUGAAUUUUUAGUUGGAUGGAUAUUGAAUGAAAUGUCUUUCAUAUAUUUGAUAUGUUGUGCUCAUUGUAAUCCCACAGUGGAAUGGAGAAGUAAGAAAUUUAGACUCAGAUGGGGAGGAAUUAUGGAAGAAAUUAAAUGCCCUGACACUUAA